AUGGACCUUGAGAUCACGAGGAAGAGGGCGAUAUAUAGCCAACAUAAGAUCAAGUGGGGAGCCUUGACGGAAGCUAAAGCGCAGGAGUUUGGGGUCAAGCUGGUGACUAUGGGGGCUUGGAGGAGUAGUGGGAACACAAGCGCUAUGUGGACCACGACUGCGCAAUGCAUUAGGAAAGUCGUGAGAGAGAAAGAGGCAAAGCUAGCAGUUACGGCGGCCAAGACUGCAGCUUUUAGUCGUUUAUAUGAGGGACUCGAGGGCCGAGAUGGGUAUAAGAGGUUGUUCAGGUUAGCCAAGGUGCGAGAAAGGAAGGCGCGUGACUUGAACCAAGUGAAGUGCAUCAAGAACGAAGAAGGUAGAGUUUUGUUAGAUGAGGUGCUUAUCCGUCGGAGAUGGCAGACCUACUUCCAUAGUCUCUUGAACGAAGAGGGGGACAAGAGCAUUGUACUGGGUGAUUUGGAACUCUGCGAGAGUCGUUGUGACUUUGAGUAUUGUAGGCAGAUUAAAGUUGAUGAAGUUGAGGGGGCUAUGCGAAAGAUGAGCAGGGGAAAAUAG